AUGUCUGAUGUAUGGUCAUUAGGUAUUCAACGUGUUCUUACACGUGUUAAUUCAUUUCAUCAACCAGGUUCAAGUAAAUCAAAAUGUAAAUUAUUUUUAUGUAAUGCUCAAAAUAUUGGAUGGAUUCGUGAAGAUGCUGCAAAUCAACUUCGUCAAUAUCCAAAUGUUUUUAUUGAACAUUCAGAUCGAUUUACAUUAUCAGAUCAUUUAAAUACUUAUGAAAGUCGAUCAGAAACUAUUGCUAAAGUUUUAAAUGAUAUGCGUGCAAGAGAUUGUUUAAAAACAUUACGAGGUUGGCGAGAUGAAUUGUAUCUCGUAAAAUCAGCUUAUAAGAAUCCACCAUUAUUUGAAAUUGAACGAUCUGCUGCAAGUAUAUUUGGUAUACGAAAAUAUGGUUCACAUGUAAAUGGAUAUGUUAUUGAUGAUGAUGGAACAUGGCGAAUGUGGGUUGGAAAACGAUCAGAAACAAAACAAACUUUUCCUGGCAUGUAUGAUAAUUUAGCUGCAGGUGGUCUUAGUCAUGAUUUGACACCAACAGAAUGUAUGAUAAAAGAAUGUGAAGAAGAAGCACAAAUUUCUAAAGAAUUAGCAACUAAAAAAUUGAAAGCAGUUGGAGCCAUUAGUUAUUGUUAUGAAGAUGAUGAUGGUAUACAUCCUGAAGGAGAAUUUCUUUAUGAUAUUCAACUACCAACUACUUUUACACCAAAUAAUCUCGAUAGUGAAAUGGAAAAUUUUUAUCUAUGGACAAUACCUCAAGUAAAACAAGCUAUUAUUGAAGAUAAUUUCAAGCCUAAUUGUGCUGUUGCUGUACUUGAUUUCCUUUUUCGUCAUGGUUUUAUCACACCUGAACAAGAAUCCAAUUAUUUUGAUAUUCUAUCACAAAUACAUAUGCCUGGACAUUAA